UCCCAUUCUAUUAUUUUAUUUCUUAAUUAACUUCAAAAACGCCAAGCCUUCCAAAAAUUUGCCUCACUAUUCACUAAUACACAUUAUUACAUCUACUUGACGUUUCAAAACACAAAGCUGUUUGGCCGUCGUUGCUUUGCUCGCCUGUAAAGUACACGGUGGAGGAGGCGGCUGAGCCGGCGACUGGGUAUUCACUGCCAUCCAAGGGAAGUGGGCUUUUGAUUUUGAAUUUGAAAAGGAGGUGUUGUUAUUACUAUUUGUUCUUUGAGCGAUGGGCGAUGAGAAAUCCACCAUCGUGAUGGCGAAUAGAGACCGGGAGAGAGAUCGAGAGCUUCUUAUCCCCGUCGCAAACACCGCUGACGAUGAUAUCUCCUCCAAACCGUCGUCUUCUUCUUCGUCGCAUCAUUCCGGACGCGAGACAUUUUCGAAAGUUGUUCGGAGCUGGGCUUCAAAAAAGUUCAUGACUGGAUGUGUAAUCUUAUUCCCAAUAGCUGUCACUUUCUAUGUAACAUGGUGGUUUAUUCAUUUUGUUGAUGGAUUUUUCUCUCCAAUCUAUGCCCAACUGGGAAUCAACAUAUUUGGUCUUGGAUUCAUAACUUCCAUGACAUUCAUUUUCUUGGUUGGGGUAUUAAUGUCAUCUUGGUUGGGAGCAUCUGUGUUGAGUCUUGGGGAGUGGUUUAUCAAAAGGAUGCCCUUUGUUCGCCACAUCUAUAAUGCCUCGAAGCAAAUUAGUACUGCCAUAUCACCAGACCAAAACACACAGGCCUUCAAGGAAGUAGCCAUCAUAAGGCAUCCUCGCAUUGGUGAAUAUGCAUUUGGGUUCAUCACUUCAUCUGUCAUCCUCCAGAACUACGCAGGGGAAGAGGAGCUAUGCUGUGUCUAUGUUCCUACAAAUCAUCUUUAUAUUGGUGAUAUUUUCCUGGUUAAUACCAAGGAUGUUAUAAGACCCAAUCUUUCAGUCCGGGAAGGCAUUGAAAUCGUAGUGUCUGGGGGUAUGUCGAUGCCACAGGUCCUUGCAACGUUGGAUUCACGCAUCUCACUGGAUAGAAGUAGAGCAGACAGAAGCUAGGUUGAAGAUGGAAGCUGUAGAGGAGUCCAUUCAUUGUUUCAUUGGUUUGAAACCAAGUCAUCAAAACAGCCGCAGUUGAGUCAUUGGAAUGGCCACAAUCAGAUUGAUGUUGGUAGUGCUGGAUUGAGUUAAGAUCAAAUUUUGAUGGACCAAAUUCUGGUUGCAUAUGUAACAUUGGUUAUUAUUUAGAAGAAUGUAGGCUUAGCGUUUGCUUGGAAAUACAUAGUAUGGGUUGAUAAUACAGGCAGAUGUUUCCCACUUAUUAGGAUGGUUUUGGCUCUUUGCACUGAAUUUGUACUUCAUAGGCAAUUUCAACUCUCAACGUUGUGUCUUGUAGAUAAAGAGGUCAUAUUUAAUUUCAAUGGUAUCUCAUUAUGCUUUGAUCUAA